CUUUGAUUGCAGGCACCAACGAUAUAUGGUUGGUCAUAAAAGGACGCUUGAAAUUGGAAAAACAUUGUGAGGCAUUUGAGUUGAGCCAACACUCUUUCAACCUGAUCCUUACCUGAUCCUUCUAUUUCUAUUUCCAUUUCAAUUUUUCAUUAGUGGCCGUCCCUCACACUCCACAAUUCCACAUACGUCCAAGAAUCUUCAACUAAUUCAGCAUAACCCUUCCCUUUUAAAUACCUCAUGCCACACUAUCGCAAUAUGCAAAACAUUUUGUGAUUUACACACAAACACGCACUCCCCCUCUCUCUGUCUUCUCUGUCUGCAUGCAUUGAAAGCUAUCCUAUCCAAGCCAUGUGCCAAUUAUCAUCAACCUCUACUUUGGGUGAAAACAAUGAGGGCCAUCCAAAUGAACCCACAGCUAAAAUUCGGGAGCCUGAGCCUGACAUGUUCACCCUUUUGAUCCCCAAAUCCCCAACAUUCGAACAAGAACCCCAAAAACCACAAAAAAGCAAUUUUUCUCUGGCCCUCAAGGAAGCCAAAUGCAUAGCCAACAUAGCAUUACCCAUGGUGUUAACUGGCCUAUUACUCUAUUCCCGCUCCAUCAUUUCCAUGCUGUUCCUUGGUCGUGUAGGUGAACUUGCUCUGGCUGGUGGAUCUCUUGCAAUUGGAUUUGCCAACAUCACAGGCUACUCCGUUCUAUCGGGUCUUGCCAUGGGGAUGGAACCCAUCUGUGGUCAAGCUUUUGGAGCCAAAAGAUUCAAACUUCUGGGCCUCGCGAUGCAGAGGACAGUGGUUCUGCUUCUCCUAACUUCAGUUUUCAUUUCAUUCUUGUGGCUCAACAUGAAGAAAAUAUUGCUCCUUUGCGGUCAACAAGAAGAUAUUGCCAGCGAAGCUCAAUCUUUCAUACUUUUUUCUCUUCCCGAUCUCGUAGCACAAUCGCUUCUACACCCUCUUCGAAUCUAUCUUCGUAGCCAAUCAGUAACCCUGCCUCUCACAUACACUGCUUCUCUUUCUAUUCUCCUUCACGUCCCCAUCAAUUACUUCCUUGUAUCUGUGCUCAAGCUUGGAAUCAAAGGCAUCGCUUUAGGUGCUGUUUGGACAAAUUUCAACCUUGUAGUUUCACUCAUUAUUUACAUCUGGGUUUCUGGUAUACAUACAAAAACAUGGCCUGGAUUUUCACUCAAUGGUUGCUUCAAGGGAUGGAAAGCUCUUUUGAACUUAGCUAUUCCAAGUUGCGUUUCGGUUUGUCUUGAAUGGUGGUGGUAUGAAAUCAUGAUUUUACUCUGUGGGUUGUUGAUUAAUCCCCAUGCAACCGUUGCUUCCAUGGGUGUUCUAAUUCAAACUACUGCAUUGAUAUAUAUUUUCCCAUCUUCCUUAAGCAUCGGCGUUUCCACGCGUGUGGGAAAUGAACUGGGUGCAGGGAAUCCUAAAAAGGCAAAACUUGCGGCGCUAGUGGGACUAUGUUUCAGUUACAUUCUGGGAUUCUCUGCCUUGUUCUUUGCGGUUUCGGUGAGACAUGUGUGGGCUUCUAUGUUCACACGUGAUGCGCAAAUCAUUGCUUUGACGUCGACGGUGUUGCCUAUUAUUGGAUUGUGUGAACUUGGAAAUUGUCCUCAAACAACUGUAUGCGGAGUUUUGAGGGGAACCGCCAGGCCCAAAUUGGGAGCAAACAUAAACUUGGGUUGCUUUUACCUCGUGGGAAUGCCGGUUGCAGUGUGGUUGAGUUUCUUUGCAGGCUUUGAUUUCAAAGGCUUGUGGCUCGGUCUUUUGGCGGCUCAAGGCUCUUGUAUGGUCACCAUGUUGUUCGUGUUGGCUCGCACCAACUGGGAAGGUCAAGUCCAAAGAGCCAAGGAACUUACUUCAUCUGAUCCUAGCGAAGAAGGAGAGCAAAAUGUGGUAGUUGAGGAAGAAGAGCGUGAUCAGAAAUGCUCUGAUUCAAUUGUUUGAUUGAUGAUAUCGUGGUCACACGCGAUCGAUUCUUUUAUAUUUUACAUCAAAUAUUUAUGAGAUAAAUUGAUUCUUUCUUGAUCAGUUGAUUGUACUAAUUUUAAUUGUACAUUCAGUAAAAGAUGCAGAAACGCAUUCCAUUUUUCGCUCUUUCUUUUCAUCCGCACUUGUUUAAGAACAAAGGAAUGCGUUUUGUCUGUUUUAAUUGAAGGUUUUUUUUAAGGUAUUUUUGAGGGGCAUACGAUAAAAAAAAUUAAAAAAAAUUUUUUUUUAUUAAAAAUUUAAGAUUUACUAUUAUUAAUAUAUUUAAUUUUGUGAUGUUUUUUUAUUUUUAAUAAUAAAAAUUAUAUAUAAAUUAUGGUUUAGGCAAACUGUAAAAUACCGUUUAAUUAAUUACAUGGAUAGGGCAUAUCUAAAUCGUUGGAUUCCCGACCUAACCACGGUUGUUACAGAAGAAAAUAUAAAAGUAAUCAUUCUAAGGUGAUUGAGAAUGUGCUGAAAAAAAAAACAAAUGAAAAAAAUAAAAGGCGUAAGACAGUGUUCGGAAUGGUAAUUAUUGGGAAAAAAAACAUGUUUGAAUCCUGCCGUUGCGGAUGAGAGAUGGUGGGUGGCGAGUGGGAUUGCGCGUUUUGAAUAGUCGUGGACUUGGGUCGGUUGGUUGACGACGAAAAUUGAUAAGUCAUAGUUUGAUUACUCUAAUGACCCCUUCAGGUGACUUUAAAAAUAAAUAAAGAGGAUUCCAGUUGCACACCUAAAAUUUGACGUGUUUUAAGAUAGGGAAUUUAGAAUGUUCCAAGACUUAAGUAGCCUCUAGGAUGUUUCUUGCUCAGCGAAGGAGACCAUGAUCUUUUUACGAUUACGGUAUAAUUGUAUAAACAAUCAACUCUCUAGGUUCUAGCCGUUUCAAUCGACAAUUUCUUUCCUCAAAUUCAUUGUAGAAACACCUCUUUCAAGGGGUUCCGUUAAAUAAAACAGCACUUAAAUUUUACAUGCUAGUCCAUGCGGUGACUAAUGCUAAUUCUAAAUACAACUUACAAUAUCUUUUACUAAGCCUAAACAACUUGUUAAGACAAAAUUAAAUACAUUUUACAUUUCUAAAAUAUUAAAUGCAAUCAUUUUUAUUUAGUAUUUAUUUAAAAAAUAUUAAGAAGAUUAACGUUAAGGCUUUUGUUGGUGCGGCCUGUAUUAAUUUUGUUAAACUUGUAUAAUUAAGUAAAAUAGUUAUAUAAACUCACAUUUAAAAAGUUACAAUUUUUAAUAAUAAUAAUAAAAGUCUACGUUUUAUAUGACUAUAUGACGUCGCUCAAAUAUUUUGUAAGUGAAUCGAAAACGAAAUCGUUUUUAUUUAUAAAUGACUAGUAAUUUUUAUUUUCUGUAGAUAAACGAAUUAAUCCUCCAACC